GCGCCGGCUCGGUGGGGACGCGCCCGGCCGCCGCGGGUAGCGAGCAGGGCGGUACGCGGGGGUAGGUAGGAAGCGGGUGCGACGGUACCGGCGAGACGUCGAGGGGGAGAGCGAAAAAGAGAGAAAAAGAGAAGGAGACAGGGGACGGAGCGAGGAGCCGCGGAGCAUCUUCCCCCCACCCUCCACCCCCCUCCCCGACCCCCCCCACCCCUCCCACCUCGCGUAAGGACGGCGGCCCGCUCCGCGGCGCGUAGGGCCAUGUCGCCGCGGCAGCAGGCAAAGCCCUUCUGACCGCUGUCGGGUCUCCAUGUCCCGGUUUGUUCUUUCUUUUUCUUUUUUUUUUUUGUAUAUAUAUAUUUUUAUUUUUUUUUCCUCCUCCUUUGAUUUCUCUUUGGGAAAAGCACUUUGACUCCUGACUGCUCUACCUCAGACCUGAGAAAAAACUCGUCACGCUCGCUUUUUGGCGUUUGGCUUUGGGUUUGGUUUUUUUUUCUUUUUUUUUUUUUAAUUUUUAAUUUUUACGAGCGCCGAUCUUUAUAGUCGUUGUUGUUUUAUUGUUACUAUUAUUAUUAUCAUUGUUGCUGUCGUGGUUGGUAGCGGCCGGGAUUCUGCGGUUGUGUUGAAGCGCUGGUCUCCUCGGGCAGUGGGUGGUUUCUCCUGUGUAUCCCUCCUAGGACACUCGGACGAAGAUUUUUUCUUCCUCCUUUCCUUUUUCUCCUCCUUCACUUCUCCAAGGCUUUUAAAACAAACACACAAAAAAGCAAACCUACGCCGGUGUUGUCGUCUUUUCAAAAUUUUUUUGUUGUUUUUUAUUUUUAAUUUUUUUUUUUUUUUUUGCUUGACAUCUGGGAAACCACUACCCCCCGCUCUCAGAAAUAACCAAAGACAAUGGUUCACUGUGCAGGCUGCAAAAGGCCAAUCUUGGACCGGUUUUUGUUGAAUGUACUGGACAGGGCUUGGCAUGUGAAGUGUGUUCAGUGCUGUGAAUGUAAAUGCAAUUUGACAGAGAAAUGCUUUUCGCGAGAAGGCAAGCUUUACUGCAAAAACGACUUCUUUCGGUGUUUCGGGACCAAGUGCGCGGGCUGUGCCCAGGGCAUCUCCCCCAGCGACCUGGUCCGCAGGGCGCGGAGCAAAGUGUUCCACUUGAACUGUUUUACGUGUAUGAUGUGUAACAAGCAACUCUCCACCGGCGAGGAGCUCUACAUCAUAGACGAAAACAAGUUUGUCUGCAAAGAAGAUUACCUAAAUAACAGCAAUACUGCCAAAGAAAACAGCCUGCAUUCAGCCACCACCGGCAGUGACCCCAGCCUGUCCCCCGACUCCCAAGACCCUUCCCAGGACGACGCCAAGGACUCGGAAAGCGCCAACGUGUCCGACAAGGAGACGGGCAGCAACGAAAACGACGACCAGAACCUGGGGGCCAAGCGGCGGGGCCCCCGCACCACCAUCAAAGCCAAACAGCUAGAGACUCUGAAAGCCGCCUUCGCGGCCACCCCCAAACCCACCCGGCACAUCAGGGAGCAGCUGGCGCAGGAGACCGGCCUCAACAUGCGGGUCAUCCAGGUCUGGUUCCAGAACCGGCGCUCCAAGGAGCGGCGGAUGAAGCAGCUGAGCGCGCUGGGCGCCCGCCGGCACGCUUUCUUCCGCAGCCCACGCAGGAUGCGGCCGCUGGUGGACCGGCUGGAGCCCGGGGAGCUCAUCCCCAACGGGCCCUUCUCCUUCUACGGAGAUUAUCAGAGCGAGUAUUACGGCCCUGGAAGCAAUUACGAUUUCUUCCCGCAAGGACCUCCUUCGUCUCAAGCGCAGACCCCCGUGGAUCUCCCUUUCGUGCCCUCCUCGGGGCCGUCAGGCACUCCCCUGGGGGCCAUGGAUCACCCCCUGCCCGGACAUCACCCCUCCAGUGAGGCUCAGCGCUUCACUGACAUCAUGUCGCACCCCCCAGGAGACUCGCCCAGUCCCGAACCCAACCUGCCCGGGUCCUUGCACUCCAUGUCUGCGGAAGUUUUUGGCCCCAGUCCUCCAUUUUCUUCGAUAUCCGUCAACGGUGGUGCUAACUAUGGCAAUCACUUGUCACAUCCACCAGAAAUGAACGAAGCGGCUGUGUGGUAGCUUUAAAACAAACUGGGUCUAAGUAAGUGAUGAUCAUCUAGUCUGCUUAUUGUUACGGUGUACAGAAAUGAAUAAAUAUAACAUCUCUCCUGCCCUAAGACAAUAUUACCUUGGGAACGAACUGAAUCCAAAUCGCUCCAAGGCAAGCUUUGCUCUAGACCGGGACAAUCUUCAUGUUACGGUUGUAUCAAACAAGCGAGGGGACUUUUUUGUACCAUUGACAAAGAAACUGGUGAAGCUGUACAGUAAAGUGCUGCCAUACCGUAGGAUGGCGUAAGUUUGCUUACCCUGUUGGAUGUCAUCCUAAGAGCCACAAUCCUUAGAAACUUCUCGUUUAAAAAAUUAAUAAUUGAAUGAAGGAAAGGUCAAAGAAAAGGGGGAAAAAAGCUGCAAGAACUCUAGCGUUCCCGGUUAAGGAUGGUUCUGGCAUUAUGAAUUUGUUUGUUAAUUUUUGUCUCUCAGAAAGUUCGUCAACAAGAAACUCUUUUUAGCUUCAGCCAUUUCAGCCUGCUGACUACCAGGUGGGACAACUUUCUUUUUCCUUUGUUUUUGUUUUGUUUUCCAAAAUAGCAAAUACUAAAUGUUAAGCCCUCAGCACCAACUCUUCUACCUUCACAAAGCUACACGUACAAAACCUCCUCAUCAUAGCAAAGGUCACCACCCAGACCUCUAACGAAAAUGACUUGAAAAACAAACAAACAAACAAACAAACAAAAAGUAUUCUACCUUCACAGAGAGAGAAAAGCUAAACAAAAAGACUCUAUUGAACUAAAAACAGUCAACUGUUUACGUCUAAUGUUAAAUUCAGGAGUUCAAUGUUUUACUAAUAAAUCCUGUUUUAGAACCUCUUGUUCAAAAGCAAAAUAUUUUGAGCAACCAACCAAAAUAGUUCAUUUUCUUUUCUGUAGAUGUUAUAACAGAUUGCAGGGCUUGUGGUUCACUGUGCUAGUUUGUAAAAGGUGUUGUUUACAGAAGGCAAAGAAAAAAACCCCACGAAACCCAGACAGUUGCCAAAUAAAGUAAAUAUAUAGCACAAAUACUGUAAGGUGCUUUGCACCAGCAACCCGAGAAGGUGUUUAAAAAGUGUUACAAGGUUAAAAAAAAAAAAAAAACAAAAAACAUCUUUGCUAAUUUUUAGUCCUGUUGAACAUUCAUGGAAUUGUUAAUAUGACUUAUAUAGACCCACACAGGUUUUAUUUUUGUGUCUUUAAAAUAAAAGUCCAAAAUAUUUAAAUUUUAUGGUCAAAUAUGCAGUCAACAGCUGCUACUUUUUUCUUUAUAUAUUAAAUUUCUCAUAUGUCUUUUAUUGUUCUAAUAAACCUAAGCUUGUGUGACCUCCAGUGCAUAUUAGACCAUUCACUGUAUGAAAGAAAACAUGUUGGAUAAAAUUUGUGCGUUUUUAAUAAAAUUAGAAAAUCUGAUGUUUAGAUAACUUGUGUUUCAUUUGAUGUUUUAAGCAAUUUAAAAUGGAUUCUCUUGAGUAAAAUAGCCCUGAGAAAGAACGAUCCACUCUACUGAUAAUCCUGUAUAGCUCUUUUGCUCUGGUAGAAGUCUAAACCCUGGUGUCGAUGCAGAUAGCAGUCAGUGGCAGCUCCAGCCUUCCUCCCCAUCUGCAGGCUCAGUUGUUGAAGUACAAAUAAUAUGUUACGCUGUACAUUAAAUUUCAAAAUUGGAAACUAAGCAAUUUGUUAAAUAUAUUAAGCUAUUCUUGGUCUAUGCUAAGAGAAAACAUAUUCAAAAUGCUUAUUUCAUGCAUAAACAAAAAUGUAUUGUAAAUGUAAAGAACUUGCAAAGAUACGGUUUUUA